AUGUCAGCAGUAGUGUCAACAUCAAAUAGCCAUCAAGAUGGGCGGGGCAAGUCAGGAAAGCACAUAGUGGCCCCUUCUAGCUCCAAGCCAUCAGCAAAAAUCGUCCCUCUGAACGAAAAAUUACUACUUACAACCGGAAAUAGCAUUACUUCAAUCUGUUUUGACGAUCGAGGGGAUAGACUUCUCACAUGUGGAGAUGACGAAAAGAUUCAAUUGUUCAGCUUGUCAAGCGGUCGACUAGCGAGUACAAACUACUCCAAAAAGUAUGGGGUUGAUCUAGUUCGAUUCACACAUGAUAUAAACAAUAUGGUUCACGCCAGUACAAAAGUGGACCACGCCAUCAGAUAUCAUUCUUUAGCAGAAAAUAAGUAUCUGAGCUAUUUCAGAGGCCAUACGAAUCGAGUAUCUUCCCUCGAUAUGUCGCCCACCUCUGCAAACGCUUUCAUGUCUGCAGCUGUAUAUGAAUCCGUUCGACUUUGGGAUUUAAGGUCAGCUUCUUCGCAAGCAUGCAUGGUGGUGCAAGGUCAUCCGAUUAUUCGAUAUGAUCCCACCGGAACGAUCUUUGCGCUGGCUUUCAAUGAAACAAACAAAGUGCUCCUCUACGAUGCGCGAAAAUGGGCCGAAAAACCGUUCAAGCAGAUGGAGAUUCCCGAUCUGUUCAAGAAUGAAGUUGGCGGUCAGGUUGCAGUCAUUACCUCUCUUCAUUUCAGUCCCUCUGGAUCUCAAUUGCUAGUAGGCACGUCCGGCCCUGCACACUACAUACUCGAUGCUCAGAAAGGAUAUGUCGUUCACAACUUGACAGGAAAGAAAACCCUACAGAAAGCUUCACCGGGCAACGAUGCGGAGGAAGCUGGUGAAGUGCCGUCUACGUCGAAACAGAAAGAAUCGCCUAUGGUAAAAGAAGCUGGCAUUAGCGGUACAGAAUGCGGCUGGACUCCAGAUGGAAAGUACGUAUUUUCCGUCUCGGGAAAUAAGGAUGUGGUAUUUUGGAGCGUCACAGAGAAAGAGGAAGGUGCACGAAUUGUCUCUGAGCUUACCCCUACUUUUUCUUUGGAUGCUUACCCUGGUGGGUUUAUCCGAUCUGCGGCUUUCAAUCCACGCAAUGCAAUGAUGGCCACAGGGGGCGAUCAAGUCGCUCUAUGGCUACCGGAAAGAGAGGAGAAGGAAGAGUAG